AUGCACCAGAUUUACAGCUGCAGCGACGAAAAUUUAGAAGUUUUCACCACUGUGAUUUCAUCCAAAUCAUGUAGUCCUGCCCGAAGACGAGCCAAAAGCACGCAGCACAUCCUAACAAAGAGCGUGGUAGCUGUAUCCGAUCGUCGGCCCCACAGGACAGAGAAGCUACAGCCCCACCAGGGUGACCUCCUCCAGGUGCUGUGCAGCGAAGACGAGGUGCGGGGCUUGGACUGCCUGCAGAGCGGGCAGCAGGGACCCUGCCCUGCCAAGGGCACUGCCCAGCACAUGGGAAUUACUGAACAAGAGUCAUCCAAGUCCUGUAACCACCUGUUGGAUGGAAAAUCUUUGUUCCCACCAUCGCCGGUUGCCCAUAAUACAGCAAAAUCAGUGGCUGUCACAGACUUGGCUGCAGACAGCACACCUGUGGACGACCACAGGCAGCGCUGGAGGAAGAUGGCAGAGUAUGACCUGACCCUGCCACCGGGAGCAGAAGCUUCCCUGCCGCUGACGGGAGGCAACCUGUGCGGGACGCCCAGCCUCCUGAGGAAGAUGUGGAUGAAACACAAGAAGAAGUCAGAGUACCUGGGGGCAACAAACAGUGCCUUUGAGGCGGACUGA